CGAGGAUCCGCUCGGGAGCCUCCCCUGGCCAGGAGCAGAGGAUUCGUCUGCCCCGCGACCAGCCCCAGUCACGCCGCCGACAUCGCCCCCUCUGUCUGGGCGGUUGUCACUCACGCGCCGAAGGGCCUCGGAGAAAGAAGGGGCGGGCCGGGCGAGCGGAGGCGGGGACUUGCGCGGUUCUGAGGCUGCCUCAUAGGGCCCGGCCGGCGCUGGAGCUGCGGGUUUAGGUUGUCACUGCCACCUCCGUCGGUGCUUACUUCGCUGCCAGCUGGUCGUCGCCAUGAACCCGGACCUGCGCAGGGAGCGGGAUUCCGCCAGCUUCAACCCGGAGCUGCUUACACAUAUCCUGGACGGCAGCCCUGAGAACACCCGGCGCCGCCGAGAGAUCGAGAACAUGAUCCUGAACGACCCAGACUUCCAGCAUGAGGACUUGAACUUCCUCACUCGCAGCCAGCGUUAUGAGGUGGCUGUCAGGAAAAGUGCCAUCAUGGUGAAGAAGAUGAGGGAGUUUGGCAUCGCAGACCCUGAUGAAAUUAUGUGGUUUAAAAAUUUUGUGCACCGAGGGCGGCCUGAGCCUCUGGAUCUUCACUUGGGCAUGUUCCUGCCCACCUUGCUUCACCAGGCAACUGCGGAGCAGCAGGAGCGCUUCUUCAUGCCCGCCUGGAACUUGGAGAUCAUUGGCACUUAUGCCCAGACAGAGAUGGGUCAUGGAACUCACCUUCGAGGCUUGGAAACCACAGCCACAUAUGACCCUGAAACCCAGGAGUUCAUUCUCAACAGUCCUACUGUGACCUCCAUUAAAUGGUGGCCUGGUGGACUUGGAAAGACUUCAAAUCAUGCAAUAGUUCUUGCCCAGCUCAUCACUAAGGGGAAAUGCUAUGGAUUACAUGCCUUUAUUGUACCCAUUCGUGAAAUUGGGACCCAUAAGCCUUUGCCAGGAAUUACUGUUGGCGACAUUGGCCCCAAAUUUGGUUAUGAUGAGAUAGACAAUGGCUACCUCAAAAUGGACAACUAUCGUAUUCCCAGAGAAAACAUGCUGAUGAAGUAUGCCCAGGUGAAGCCUGAUGGCACGUACGUGAAACCACUGAGUAACAAGCUGACUUACGGGACCAUGGUGUUUGUCAGGUCCUUCCUUGUGGGAGAAGCUGCUCGGGCUCUGUCUAAGGCGUGCACCAUUGCCAUCCGAUACAGCGCUGUGAGGCACCAGUCUGAAAUCAAGCCAGGUGAACCAGAACCGCAGAUUUUGGAUUUUCAAACCCAGCAGUAUAAACUCUUUCCACUCCUGGCCACUGCCUAUGCCUUCCAGUUUGUGGGCGCAUACAUGAAGGAGACCUAUCACCGGAUUAAUGAAGGCAUUGGUCAAGGGGACCUGAGUGAACUGCCUGAGCUUCAUGCCCUCACUGCUGGACUUAAGGCUUUCACCUCCUGGACUGCAAACACUGGCAUCGAAGCAUGUCGGAUGGCUUGUGGUGGGCAUGGCUAUUCUCAUUGCAGUGGUCUUCCAAAUAUUUAUGUCAAUUUCACCCCAAGCUGUACCUUUGAGGGAGAAAACACUGUCAUGAUGCUCCAGACGGCUAGGUUCCUGAUGAAAAGUUAUGACCAGGUGCACUCAGGAAAGCUGGUGUGUGGCAUGGUGUCCUAUUUGAAUGACCUGCCCAGUCAACGCAUCCAGCCACAGCAGGUAGCAGUCUGGCCGACCAUGGUGGAUAUCAAUAGCCCCGAAAGCUUAACCGAAGCAUAUAAACUCCGUGCAGCCAGAUUAGUAGAAAUUGCUGCAAAAAACCUUCAAAAAGAAGUGAUUCACAGAAAAAGCAAGGAGGUAGCAUGGAACCUAACUUCUGUUGACCUUGUUCGAGCAAGUGAGGCACAUUGCCACUAUGUGGUAGUUAAGCUCUUUUCAGAAAAACUCCUCAAAAUUCAAGAUAAAGCCAUUGAAGCUGUCUUAAGGAAUUUAUGUCUGCUGUAUUCUCUGUAUGGAAUCAGUCAGAACGCAGGGGAUUUCCUUCAGGGGAACAUCAUGACAGAGUCUCAGAUUAUGCAAGUAAACCCGCGUGUAAAGGAGUUACUCACUCUUAUUCGCUCAGAUGCUGUUGCUUUGGUUGAUGCAUUUGAUUUUCAGGAUGUGACACUUGGCUCUGUGCUUGGCCGCUAUGAUGGAAAUGUGUAUGAAAACUUGUUUGAGUGGGCUAAGAACUCCCCACUGAACAAAACAGAGGUCCACGAAUCUUACAAGCACCUGAAAUCACUGCAGUCUAAGCUCUGAAGUGUCACAAGGACAAGUUUAAUCUGCUCCAGAAAGCACCUGUGUACAACUCGAAUCUGUGUGGAAUCUUUUUCGAAUUCAAAUAGCUAUAGAGCAAAUGAUAAAUUGACCCCUUUUUAUAAAUGGAGGGAAAAAAAUGAACAGAUUUCAGAGAUUAAAUGAAAAAAAAAGCAGAUGUUUUAAGUGCAAUUAACACUGAAAGAGACCUGUUAAACCAUUCAGAAAAAGCUUAAGAAAUGCAAUAUGACUUCCUUUUGUAAUGCUGCUGAUCCCAGUAGACUAUGACUUUUGAUAAUUAGCAGAAUUUAACUACUAAGUAGUUGAUUAUUUUCACAUUUUAAUUGCUAAUCACUGGCUAUAUAAGUGUUUUUAAGCAAAGGUAUUUUUGAAGUGGUGUAGAACCCUUCCAAGCUUUCCUGCUCGGUGUUCUACCAGACUUACCCUGGGACCUGGCUCAAAAGCAGGAUUGAAGAAAAGGGACUGGGGGAAGGAAACUUACUGGAAAACUUGAUGCAAAUGAGUUUCUGCUUGGCACAGUCUCUGCCUGCUUGCUCUCCUUUGCUGAUAGAUUGUGUUUAUCAAACUAUUCAUGCUAGCAUUUUUCCAACAAGAGAACUUACUUCGCAUGGGCCUGCUGUAGGACCAUUGUCUCGUGUAAUUAGGAAUUUUCCAUUUGAAGGAUCGCUAAAUUGUCACAGUAGUAGGAACUGUAGGGAGAGCUCUCAGCUGUAACUUUGGUGACCAUAUUAACUGGAUUUUCUAGGACAAUCAGAUUUCAAAUAUUCUGUCAUCUUGGCAUAAGCCAUUAAAAGCUUGGAGGUUACCAUAUUUGGCAUUUAAAAAAUGUCGCUUAGGUCACCUUACUCCCAGAUGUAGCACAGAAAAACCCUUUGACACAAACCAUGUGUUCUGAUUUUUGGUUCAGAAAAUAUAAUCAUUGAAACAGUGAGGUGUUUUGUUUUGUUUUGUUUUUAAACAACUGGGAAAAAACAAAAACAAAAAACUAUGGUUAGAAAAAUGGAAGUUCCGUAGGUUCUAUUUCUUACUAUAUGUCUGGCUUUGUUUUCAGUAUAUUUCUAGGAGCUUUAUCUGAAUUGCUAAUUGUCCUUUCAGCUGAAAUCUAAUUUACACAAUCAUUCUAUAUUUAAAGAUUAAAUACAUCUCAAUUAAUUUUUUCUUAAAGUCAA